CCGAUCGAUUGAUAAUCCGAUUUUCGUCGAAAUACUAUCAAAACGCUCAAUUUUAAAUCGCGAACUUUCUAGCGAUCGAAAAUAUGGGUUUUUUCGGAAGGGGAUGUUACACUCUCUAUGGAGUAACUUUCCUAUUCACCUCGGUAUGAAGAACCCUAGAUUUGUGUGUUAGGUCUGAUUGUAUGAACCCAAGUACAGAUUCAGUGAUAUGAUUAUAUUCAAUUGAGGUUUGAUUUGUUGAAUGGCAUGAAUCCUGAUCAAAUUCUUGUUGGUUCUGCUUUAACCUAGAAAGAGAAUAUCUGCCUAGGUUGAUAGAGCACCCUUGAUUGAAGGUAGUGAAUUGACGACUUUAGUUGAGAAGUCAAUUCACUAUUUUGUACCGAAUUUACUUCGGUAGUGGAGGUUUGGUUCGUUAGGGCCUCAAUUUGUUUACUCCGGUGGAGGUUAGUCGCCCGCUGGGGACUCAGAUUGAGAGGGUCUGGAGACCUUUAGUCGAGACUGCAGACUGUUUAAGAACCUCCCGCGGUAUAACUAUCAUUGAAAUUGAACUUGGUAAAUUACAAUCCAACUUAACUGCAUUCUAGGGGGAACCAUAUCCAGGUGACCUCUCUCGACUUGAAAACAACCUUUUUACUGCUUUGCUCGUUUGCUUGUUUGGAUCUUCACUAAAGUUUCACUGCUAAAUAAUAAGAACUCAAGUAGUAGUCAUCACACUUAGGACCCGGGUUGACAUUAAAACCCAAACCCGCUAUACUACGCUUUAGGAGGUGGUUACACUUGGCCAUUUUCUAGAGUGACGGUAGGAGCGAGUCAGUAUUCAGUAUAUCCAAAAUACCGGUACCAAACUUCCAGCCCUAAAGACGGUGGUAAUUACCACAACUACCAUUACAGAGUUGAUGAAAGUGCAUUUCAUGAUAUGGAUCAGAUGGAAGAUGCCCUUCCAAUUCCAGAUAGUGACCUUUAGGAUGAAGAUGAUGAUGGAAUGUCAAUGCAGAAAGUACCGAUCAUCUUGAAGGUGCUGAUGAUUCUGACCUAGAUUGAGACGCAGAUGGUGCCGAUGUGUCUCGUGACCAUGUACCUAUCCCGUACUACAAUCACAUUCCAAAUGAAGAUUGGUAUGUUGAUGCGGACAUGGAGCCUCUAGAGGUGCCAGUAUGGGGUCCGCUAACUGGGUUUACGAAGGGCCAACAAUUUGGAACGAAGAAUGAGGUGUGGCACGCUAUUGCCACUGAAGCACUGUCUCUGAGUUUCAAAUGGCACACAACCCAUUCCGACAAGAAGAGGCUCAUGGUUAGAUGCCAAAAUCAUCACGAAGGAUGCAAGGCUAGGAUCCGGGCCAUCAAGAGCAAGAGAGUCGGACAUUGAGCACGUACCGCUUGAUAGUCAUCAUAAUAAAUACCCUCUUAUUCGGGGGAAAAUCCGCCAUUUUUUUCAGGAACCGGACAGGGAUUCGACAGGUUUUGAAGGAAAACCAAAGAAAAGUUUUCUGAUGGCAGUUCGAACUUAGCCGCAACCAACAGACCACUAUUCCUAAGUUUUUUUUGGGGGGGGGGGAGAGGGGGAUAGGUAGAUUGACAAACUUAGAGAGAGAGGAUUGGUUUUGGUGUGAUAAAAUGAAAGAAGGGGGUAUUUAUAGGGUCUGAACCGCCUGGGGGGUGCGGUUUGGUAAUUUUCCCCCCAAGGAAACUGCUCCCCGCCCACGGUUUCCCUUACCGCUGCAUAAACCGCGCCAUCAGGCAACGGUUUCUGCGACCAGACGCGGAUCGCUCCGUUGGCGCGUGGUUGGCCGUUGAAUCGCGUUUCCAUCCAACGGUUACAUGGACCACCACGUGGAGGAGCGGUUUUCAGGCUACCCUAGCGGGAGCUGCUCCUUCCCCGCGCGGUUUGAAGGAGAACAGCCCAUUAGGGGUGCGGUUUUCGAUUGAUGGUGGCAUUUUUGUAAAUUUUUUGGGUUGGGUGGUAGUUUUGUAAUUUUUUAAACAAUGGUACUUUUGGAUUUUUCCAUUAGUCUCCCCUAGCAGCUUCUUGUAAAAAGAAAUUGUCAACUCUCACAUUUGCUUCGCAUUCGUAAUUUCCUUACCCUCAUCAGUAAGUAGAUGAUCAAUAGUUUGUCUCUUGUUUCGAAUCUUAGCAUUAUUGUGGAACAAAGAGGUGUUGCCAUCCCCCUCUGAAAAAUCCACUGAAUAUGAGACUUCUAUAUGUAGAAACUCUCCUCUGUAGAUUGAGCUUCAGAGCAAAUCGUAACCAUAACAGUUCUUUUUGAAUGUUCUCUGGAGUAGGCAAAUUAAGAACCUCCAUUUGCGCUUCAGCCAUAAGCAAUUCAUCCUCCCUAGCACGUACCGAGAUAUCUGAAUAGUGCUCUCUGUUGAGUUCCUUCAACCCCUUCUUCAGCAUCUGGAACUUCGAAAGUAAACUACUAAAAGCAUCCAAACCAACAGGAGUAGAGUCAAUCCAAGCAGAAGAUAGGAUAGAGUUAGUAUAAUGGAUGUGAUCUAAAAAACUUGAUAUAUUUAAUGGGCUUAAUGAGACUCCUUAGCCCUACUGAGGUGUUGAGAAACAAGUCACAAUGAACAGAAACCCCAGGGCUAAGCUUUUCAAUUGAGCUGUGGGGAUAAGCAUCUAAAAUUUAUUUUUAGAUGACAGCUAUCAUUGAAAAUUACGUUUUCGUACCUAAAAUUUUUUAUUAUGACAUUUUUGUAGAGAUUUUUCCAAAAAUAGCACAGUUUAAUUUGUUUUCCAAAAAUAGCAUCAAACCCCAAAAAAUUCCAAAAAUAGCACUGUUUCACGAAAACCGCAUGGGUAGGGGGCAGUUUCGCUGACCGCAUGGGGCCGGGGCGGUUGGGUUGCAAACCGCACCCCCACCCGGUGGUUUAUAAUAUAUAUAUUUUAUUCGAAUAAAUGUUAUAAGUGGUC